AUAUUUUGUCUUGUUCAUUUAUCUUUCACCGUGUCAAAAACCCAGUUGGAAUUAGUUUACUUCUUCCCCCCUGCUUUAGAACAUUAAUUUGGAGUAUUUUCUGUGAGAACUGUAAAGUGGCCUGCAACAAGAAAAAAAAUUGAAACGUCUUUUCUGGUACUGAGUUGUCCUUCCUAUAUUCUCACUUCACUGUAUUCUUUUGUUUGUUUGAAGAUGUGAGUUAUGGUAAAAGUUUACCUGUACUUUAUCAUUUAUCCAGUAUCCAAUUUCGAAUUUUAUGUUGUUGUCUGCAAUCUGCUGAGAAAAGAUGUAAAUAAGGAUGCACCUUUACAGUUUUUUCUAUUUAAGGAUGUUAACUUUGUUAAUUUCUAAAUAAAUAUGCCAAUUUUCAACUUUUAGGAUGUCAACUUUCAACAUCUGGUUAAAAAAUGCUCUUCCAGAAGGUCUUAUUUAUGAGCUUCCAAGGGCAGACAAAAAUGAUAAACUCCAUGCAGCUGGAUCAACAACAGAUACUGCUACUGAUGACCUCGAAGAUCUCCGAAAGCAGCUUGAUGCUCUAAAUGCUGAUCAAUGACCAGCUCGAGUUUUCCAUGUAUGUCAGCUAGUUUCUGUUUGGAGUCAGGACCAUAUUUGAAUGUUCCAUUAUUAGUAACCACGCCCUUCUUGGGUCAACCAUAACAGGUUUUGCAGUUUUUUUUUUUUUUUUAGGUACAUUUGAUGAUAGGUUAUACAAAGGGAUAGUCCUCACUUUUUUUCAAAUCCCUCUUCACCUGACUUAAGGUUCAAAUAUGAGAUCUUUAACUUGGACUCUUAUGCUUUUAACUAUUUGAGCCAGUGCUUUGGGGGCACAGGUUUUGCAGUUUAUUGUCCACAAUGAUUUUCGCUUCUUUUUUUUCUCUACAUAUUAUAAGGUUAAUUAAAAAAUUUAUACUUCCACAGUUCAUCUCAACUUUUGUACUGAAUUUAUACCAAGGGCAUACCCCAAAGACCUCUCUACUUCAUGAAAAAAUCUUCUGAGAGAGGGAGAGGGAGAGGAGGGAGAAGCCCCUCUUUUUAUUCUAGGAUCAAAGAGCAAUAAUCAAGAAUGUAGGAGAGUAACCAUCAAGUCUAGUGUCUCAUGAGACUCAACACAAAUGGAGUUUCGGAACACUCAAAUAGUUGAUUCGUUGAAAAGAUAUUUUGUUAUAGAUCAACUCCAUUAAGAUUGUCUCUGAUGGGAAAUAUGAUUACACUGUCUGAGAAAAACAACCCAAGUGACAGCUGCAG